AAGGGACCGUUCAAGCUGUGCUCAGCACCAAAAUCUCAUCUUCCUACCUGCAGCUAACGUGUGUUCUUGGCAGUCAUUUGGCUCACCACCUCGCACACUGCAAGCCAUCUUGUCCGCCAUGGAGCUCAGAGUGGAUCUUAAAGAAGAAGGAGGUGAUGAUGGUACUGCUUCCGAGGCGAGUCAUAUGAUCUCUGGAAUCCGUGCAGAUUCGCUGGGUUGGAUCAGUCCCACUCGGUGUCACGCGGGAAGCACCGAACCCCUCUUCCUACUCUUCCUCAUCCAUCUCUAACGCCUCUUUACUGCUUCCUUUCUGCCUCGUCUGUUAAUGUACUCGAGCAACAGUUACUUCACCUCAUCAUUGAGGCAACAACGUAAACCUGGAGAAGAGCGAGAGAAGCAAGAGACUCAUCUUGAGCUGAGCUAACACACCAGCAUAUUGUGAGAGAGAGAGAGAGGAGGCUGCUGGUUAAGAGAAGGAUAGAAGGGAAAGAGAAUCAAUUUGUAUUACCAAGGGCGAGGAGAGAGAGGUGGAGAAAAAGGAGAGAGACGAGGAGAAGAAGACAUGAACCCGAGUCCACCUAGGUCCUUCGUGUUCCCUGCCUUCAGCUCCACCUAAACAAACGAACAAACCAUCAUCCUGUCCUCCCUCUCCUCUUUCCUCGCGUGCUUUCUGGUGAAAGCAGAGGAGACACCAAUCAAAGAGAGCUGUAUCAGCUGUCCUCCAGGAUUGAUACGGAGGUCAUCCCCGUCUCUCCCUAUCCAUCAAGCUUCGAUCUUUCUUGUGAAAAAGGCAUGUUGAAGAAAGAGAAAGGAAGAAGCAGCGGAGGACCAAUCCAAGGACGAGUGGACGGGGUCCAAGUGUGUGAAAGAAAGGGAAUAUAUAUAUAGCCAGUCCAUUCAAUCUCUCUGUAGACAUCUGGCUCGGUCGUUGUCGCAGUUCCAAGUUGCGAUUUUGAGGCCGCUCCCCCCUUUGGAAUCGAUCAGUUGUUCACCACCGUGGAAAGGAGGAAGAAGACAGAAGAGGAGCCCAAGAAAGAGAGAGGGGAAGCGCAUGGCGGCGGAGGUGGAGGAGGAGAUGUUGGUGCCGACGCACCAGUGGAGGAGGUACGGAGACGAGGCAGCCACGGCGGCAGAGGAGGAUCCGAGCAUCGACACUGACAAGCUAAGCUACGAGAUCUUCUCUAUCCUGGAAAGCAAGUUCCUUUUUGGCUAUGACGAUCACAAGCUCUGGAUCCCGACGGCUCCCCCUCCAGCCGCCACUGUCACCGACGCCCCGCCGGCUCAGGCGGCCGAGGCGUCCUCCUUUAAGAACCAAAGGGGCAAAGUGUGCGUGCUCUGUCUCGACGGCGGAGGCGGCUGUGGGAUGCGCGGCAUCCUACCCGGGAAGGCCCUGGCCUAUCUCGAGCAGGCCCUCAAGACCAAGUCCGGGGACCAUGACGCGCGAAUCUCCGACUACUUCGACGUCGCGGCCGGCGCCGGCGUCGGGGGCGUCUUCGCCGCCAUGCUCUUCGCCACUCGUGACGGCGCUCGCCCCCUCUUCCACGCCGAUGAUACCUGGCGCUUCCUCGCCGACCAGGGCAAGCGCCUAUUCCGAAAGGGGUCGCCUUCCUCCUCCUCGUCAUCCACCCCAGGAAUGUUCCUCCGCUGCCUUUUCCCCGGCGGCGAAGGGUCGACGACGGCGGCGAUCGAGAGGGCGAUGAAGGAAGCAUUCGGCGACAGCCUAACGCUUCGGGACACGGUGAAGCCGGUGCUCAUCCCGUGCUACGACUUGAGGAGCUCCGCGCCGUUCGUGUUCUCGCGUGCCGACGCCCUGGAGAGCGAGAGCUUCGACUUCCGGCUGUGGGAGGUCUGCCGGGCGACGUGGGCCGAGCCAGGGCGGUUCGAGCCGGCGGAGAUCAGUUCGGUGGACGGAGCCACCGCCUGCGUCGGCGUGGACGGCGGGCUGGCGAUGAGCAACCCGGCGGCGGCGGCCAUCACUCACGUCCUUCACAACAAGCAGGAGUUCCCCUUCGUCCGUGGGGUGGAGGACCUCAUGGUCCUCUCCCUCGGCUGCGGGGAGGCCGGCGGCGCCGCGGCGGCGCCCCUCGUGUCGGAGGCCGAGAACCGCAAGUUCCGGCGGUGGGGCCCCAAGGAGUGGGCCCGGCCCAUCUCGCGCAUCGCUGCCGACGGCUCCGCCGACCUCGUGGACCAGGCCGUCGCGCUCGCCUUCGGUCAGUGCCGGAGCUCCAACUACGUACGUGUCCAGGCUGAUGCUUCGAGCAUGGGAAGAUGCAGCGCGGAGGUGGACUACGACGCAAGGCCGGUUACCGUGAAGGUGCUGUCGGAGACGGCGGAAGAGAUGCUGCGGCAGAAGAACGUGGAGUCGGUGCUAUUCGGUGGGAAGAGGGUGCGUGGGCAGACGAACAUGGAGAAGCUGGAUUGGCUUGCAGGGGAGCUCGUGCUGGAGCACCGGCGAAGGAGUUGCCGAAUAGCACCCACCGUCGCAUUGAAGCGAGCACAUCCUCCGAAGUCCGCCACCACAAGUAAGUAGUCGUAGUCAGUCCAUGCAUGAAGCAGCGCUGGCCUUGUGUUCCUGCCGUUCUCUUCCUUCAAGUAGAAGUACAGCAUUCUCGGUUACAAGAAUCUCCAUGUUCGCACUUGGUCGAGCAGUCCCGUCUUUGUCUUGAUGCAGCAUUCCAUGUUAUUAGGAAGGAAGAGAGGCUGUCGCUGAUUCUUGCUCCUCAGGUAAAUGUUGUGUCGAAGGGCCGCCGCCCAUAAUUCACAAUGGCAAGGAACCCCCUGCUGUUUCUGGGGGUAGUUCAUGCUUCA